CGAAACUGGGAAGCUCACAGCAUCGACAACAUUGGGAUCCAGGAUGCAUCCAAGUUCUGGGAUGAUCAUUCUCUUGACCACCCACAAAAUCCGUUAAGUCUGAGUUGUUGUCGGUAUUUACCUCCGAGAACUCAUUUCGUUGCUGUUAGAAGAGACUAGACACAUGAUCGGGGAGCUGCCUUACAUGCUGCCAAUGCACGUCUUACUUCCUCUUUCUGUUGCAUGUUUGCGAACAAUCUGUAGAACCUCCAGUGCCGACUUAGAGGCGAUGGAACAUUUCGCGAGACUGUAUAGUUGCGGAGAGUAAGAAAGCAGACUGUCGUGGCUUAACUUGGCAACGAUGGUGCUUAUCCACGACACAAAACCAAACAAAAGUUGGUGCUAUCAAACAACAAGUGGACAGUAUGGAGCAUUUUACAGCUCUAUCACACCCGAGGAUCGUAAGGAGAAAGAACUGCAUUAUGAAUGCGACAGAAGAGCAGCGCAGCUGAGUGAAGAACUCAAAGAGGCUAAGGCGUGCUUAGAAAUGGUCAAUCUCGGAGGUGUGAAGGCGAAUCAGGGGAUUCACGGAAGAAGGGGCCCAUGCUGCUUUGAAGCGUGUGCAAAGGGAAUACCAUGCGAGUCUCCAUCCGCUCAACAUCCCGGAUUUCUAAACUCGUCUCAAGCUUGGGACUGCGGUAAAAAACUCCAACCCGAGUAUUUAGAAGACCACAUCAGAUCCCACCAUCCUCGACUGGCGCAUCAAUUCAGCCUUACACCCAAAACCACCUUUGGCUCAGCCGACACGAUUGGGCGGCCGGUGCAUUCUUCUGGGGGGAACAGCUCAAUAGUUAAGGGAGGUGAAUUCGCACCAGCAAGACCACAAAUAUGUCCACCGGCUCCGAGGAGUUGUAUCAAGCAGGAGAAUAAUUGCAGCCCUUCACACGCCGCCACCCAAGCGAAUGUACUGCCCCCCACUUCACGAUACGGCUUUUACAGAUACUUCGGCUGCGCAGGCCAAGGAGCCAAGACCAGCAAGGGCUGCUGUCCUGGGUGCUAAGAAGAACCUGAGCUCUGACCACCAAGCUGCAAUGUAUCGUCUCCGACACCACAAUCAGUGAUUCACAAACUCACUUGUCUGGAACAAAACUACUUACGUGAGCUUGCACAAACGAUUUUUUUAACCAGGUCAAUACAUCGUCGACAGAUCUGAUCAUUCUCGGUUGUAGAAUGAUCCCAAAAACAGCAGAAAAUUGUUUGAAUGAUUGAGGUUCGGUUUUUUUGUUUUGUUUUGUUUUGUUUUUUUUUUUUUUGCGGUAGUUUCAUGAUUGUUGUCAAAAACUGCAGUCUGGUGUGGCUAUGACGCACCCAUUUUAGUUGUUCUGGCAUUGUGAAAUGUCGAUGACUGGAACUGCAUCAACUAUGAAACAGUGCCGUUCUAGAAGUUGACACAAAUUCAUUUGUAUUCUUCUUGAAGCAGUUAUUUUUAUUUGUUUGUUUAAUCAAUUCCACACCAGAUUGCUUUCUUUAGAUGCCAAAUUUGAUAUACAAAAAGAAAAUUUUCUGUUU